GACUUCGCCAAUCGCAGGUAUCUGGUGUUUGCAGCGGUGGAGGAGCAGCUCACCAACGCCAAGAUCCAUGUCAUUGAGGCCGCACGGGUCGCCAGAGAGACCAACCGCAUCCUCGUGCUGCCCAAGGGGUCCCGCAGCCAUCUGUCGCUGGGUCGAUCCAUGCCCAUGUGUGCCUACUGCGACUUGGCUCAUCUCAACGCCACCGAGUGGGUCUCCCCCGAGUUCUUCCUCCUCCUCGCCCGGGCUGCUUUCGUCAAGCCCACCGUCAGCUACCUCUGCGUCGACACUCCCGAGCUCGGCCGGCCCUGCUUUGGCACAACGGAGAUUGCGGGAAGUCUGGGGGCGGUGUUCACGCUGGCCAUGGGGCAUGUGCCCACCGGGGCCAACACCAUCUGGCUGCACAUGCCUGCCCGCUUCGACCAGAUACAGUCCCUGCUCAAUGCAUGGAAGCACAGGGAUGUGGUGAUAUACGCCAAGAACACAUACGAGCGUUUCGACCGGGAAACGGAUGACAUGGCGCAUGUUUUGCUGCCGUAUGCUCGAGAGUGGCACCUCGCUGCCAAGCGUAUCGUGGCCCGCCUGCCCGAGCCGUUCAUUGGCGUGCACUACCGCUCCGAGUUCAUUGCCUUCCGCCUGGCCGCAGUUGCGCUUCAAAGCAAUGGCAGCGUUCGUGCCGAACGGAUCUCCUCAGCAGCGGCUCUUUUCCCCUCCAGAGUCGCUGGUCUCUCCGCCAGCAGCCCCGUGUCCCGCAGCGCGAGCACUUCACGGCGCGGGGUCGUGAGGAGAGCUAACGCGGUGACGCCACGUGCGUCCGCGGAGGCAGAAGAGCCCGUGACCAUUGACAACUCGAACGUGCUCGUGGUGGGUGGUGGCGGAGUGGGGAUGGAGGUGGUGAGGCAGCUGGCCAAGGCAGGCUCGUGGGUGACAGCGCUGCAGAGGGGGGAGAAGUUCCGCAAGGAGAUUGAGGGGCUGGGGGCCAUGCUGGCCAUCGGGGACGUGAUGGCGCCUGGAACCAUCGAGAAGGCGCUCAGAGGGAACACCUUUGAUGCUGUCGUCUCUACCGUUGGAGGGGGUCUUACAGACAUCAAGGUGGACUCGGACGGCAACAUUAAUGUCAUUGCAGCAGCUGAGAAGGCUGGGGUUCCCCGCUUUGUCCUUGUGUCGAGCAUAGGAGCGGGCGAUAGCAAGGCAGCGGUCCCUGGGAAGGAGAUGGACGUGCUGGGGCCGGUGCUGGCGGAGAAGGAGAAGAGUGAGGAGCGACUCAAGGCGAGCGAUAAGCUCAAGUGGACCAUUGUUCGCCCAGGAGGGCUUCUCUCAGAUGCAGCCAGUGGCUCGGGCAUUCUCACAGAGGACAGCAGCGUGGUGGGGGUCAUCUCCCGUGCUGACGUGGCACAACUGAUUUUGCGCAUUCUCUUUCAGGAGAAGGCGGAGGGGAAGGUUUUCUCUGCCAUUGAUGCGCAAAAGAAAUUCCCUGGAGCGCCUGAGAAGGAAAUUGUUGAGUUCAAGGUGUAA